GCUGGCGAAGCCGGAGGUGUACGCACGUCGCGCGUAGCAGCAGUGGCAGCCGUGUGUGUGUGUGUCUGUGUGUGUGUCCGCGGUCGGGUGUGUGCGUGCCGCGAGGGGCACGCCGCGACGGUCUUCCGCCGAGUUAGUGCGUGUGUCGUUUGAGUGCUUCGGACAGACCCCUGCCUGCGUCUUUCCGCCGCCACUUUCGACGUCAACAGGUGGCGCGUCCCCGAUGUGAGGCGUGGUGCGGCGCGGACCCAGGCUCUGUGCUCGCGGCUUGCGCGGCUAGCACGGCUCACGCCGCCCCGGCGGCCCCCCUCCCCCCGUCGGCACUCCCCGGCUGCAAGAUAAAAUUGCGGCGCCUGUCGCUCUUCUCCUCCUCCGGGAGCGGGAACAGCGGCAACACCGGCCAGCUCAAUGGCGUCUCGGACGCCCAGGUGGCCGCCCCGGCGCCCGCCAUGUUCUCCAAGCUCAAGGGGGCGGGCGGCGGCGGCGGCUCCGGCCACAGCCCCCUGGACACCAACCCCAUCACGCAGUACUUCGAGGUGGGCAAGCAGACGGCCUGCGCCGGACCCGGCCUCAUCUGGAAGAUCUACGACGCCGUGCGCAAGUCCGACAGGAAGGUGGGUCAGUCCGCCGUCCAUUUCAAAAUACUUCGACCGCGAUGCGUCAGUGAAAGAGGAGGCUUCCAUCUUCCUGUUCGAGAAGCGCCUGGCCGAGAAGCUGCACAAGCCCAAGCGCAAGGACACUGUGUGCGAGGUGCUGCGCGGCAGCGUGAGGCAGCUGGAGCGGUUCCGGCACCCCAAGAUACUGCAGGUCCUGCACUCGGUGGAGGAGUGCAAUGAGACGCUGGCCUUCGCGUCCGAGCCCAUCCUGGCUAGUCUGGCCAACAUCCUGGCGUACCACGAGGCCUCGGGGAGCGGGGCGAGUGGCGCACCCUCCACGGGGGCGUCGCAUCCCAACACAGUGCAGCGGCCGCCGCCACACGCCAAGGACUACUCCUUCCUGGACCUGGAGAUCAAAUACGGACUGCUGCAGCUGACGGAGGCGCUGUCGUACCUGCACUACACGCACCACAUGCUGCACCGACACGUCUGUCCCGCCUCCAUCUUCGUCAACAAGCGAGGCGUCUGGAAGCUGGGUGGCCUUGAAUUCACAGAACGACUCAAUGAGGCGGACCCACAAGAACCCAUGCCCAUCAGCCCUUGGACCUCUCGAGUCUCCAAACUGUGCCAGCCUGACCUCGACUACAUUGCACCGGAAGUCCAGCUCCACUCUCAAAUAUGCAUGCAGAGCGACAUGUUCUCGCUGGGCAUGGUCAUAACAUCAAUCUUCAACCAUGGUCGGCCGAUAAUCCAAGCCAACAACUCGAACACGAGUUACCAGAGACAACUUGAUAUGCUGGAUGAGCACGUCAAGAUGAUCGUAACGGACAUCCCCCUGCCGUUGCGGGAGGCCACCAUCAGACUGCUGAGCAAGGAGCCCAAGGACAGGCCCACCGCGCAGUUACUCUGCCUCCUAAAGUACUUCACGACCGACAGUGUGGUCUCAACGCUGCAGUUCCUCGACGUGAUCCAGAUGAAGGACCCUCCACAGAAGAAUGCAUUCUACAAGCAGACCUUGCGGGACUCCUUGCCCUACAUUCCUAGGAAAUUAUGGUUUCAACAUGUCUGGCCUUCCCUGGAGGCAGAAAUGAGACAGUCAGAGGUCCUAGCAUCAGUUCUGAAACCAAUACUGUUAAUGAUUGAGCACUCUACAAUAGAAGAAUAUGAAAAUGUGAUACAAGAUUCUUUUAGGACCGUCUUAACGUCACCCAAAACCAUUCAAGCUACGGUCUGCCUACUCGAAAAUCUACACAUCAUUCUAGAAAAGACACAAAAGGAAGAUGCAAGGAUGGAAGUACUGCGGGUCCUGUACAACGCAUUCGAAAGCACCACCAUACAAGUCCAGUCGGCCGCCCUGUUUUCAGUCACCAACGUGGCAGACUACAUCGACGAGCAGGCCAUCAGACACAUGAUCCUUCCGCGGACGCUGUCCGUGUUCGCGCAAAACAGCGCGGACCUCAAGUUCACCAUCGCCGUGCUGAGCUGCGUGGAACGCAUCCUGGACCGCCUGGACCGCCCCAUCAUCCUGGACCAAGUGCUGCCUCUCUUGACAGAGGUCAGAUUGACCGAUCCAGACAUCAUGUACAGGGUGGUCUGUAUAUACGCCGUGCUGCUGAGAGACAAGAAAUAUGGACUGACUGUGAAUCAAAUGGCGACGCGGGUGAUGCCAGCGCUCCUGCCGCAGACGGUGAACCCAUCGCUCAACCUGGAGCAGUUCACCAUGCUGCUCCAGGUGCUGCGGGAAAUGCUUGAUCAAAUAGAUAGGAACCAGCGCAACAAGCUGAAGCUGGACAACAUGUCGCUGCCCAGCCCGGAGAGACGGCCGCUCCGCCACCUCUUCUCGUCCGACAACAUGCACGUGCCGCCCUUCAACAUCCCCAACCUGCGGGUGGAGCAGAGGAAGACGUCGAGCGCGGAGGACAUGGCGCGGAAGAACUCGGCGGACUCCGGCAUCCUGGGCGGCUGGUGGUUCGGCGGCGGCUCCUCGUCGCCCGACAGCAACUUCCUGCGCGUGCAGAACGCGCUGCCGAUCCGCCGCCUGUCCGACAACACCCUGAUGACGCCCAAGAUACGCGUGGCGCACUCGUGCUCGUCGUCGCCCGGCGGCUCGCCCGGUGGACUCCCCAUCCGACGCCACUCGUCCAUCGGGCCGCAGGAGCGGCGCGGAUCUACCACCAACCUGUCCCCACCAACGGGGGCGGGCUUCUACCACGGCUCGGUCUCGAGGGAGGGCUCAACGCUUUCGGUGCCAGCCGCCUAUCUUGCACGGAGCAUGAUCGGCGGCAGCAUGCCCAACACCAGCUCCAGCACGCCCUUCCUCAGUUCAUCCAUGAGCAGCCUGAGGUCCCGCCGGCCGUCGGCCUGCCUAGGCGGCUCUCAGGGCUCAGGCUUGCUCCAGUCGCUAGGCACCGGCAUGGUAAGACAACUAACAGGGUCCCCCAUGGGGUCGGCCAUCGGGUCCCCCAUGGGGUCCGGCUCCCCCCAGCAUCCCGGCAACGGGCGGGCCGCGCCCUCGCCACCCCAUUACCAACUAUUUUCUGGGCGCUAAAUCGGACUGCCUCGCAAUCAUCCGUAUAUUGCAUAUAGAAUGGUUGCAGUGAACGCAAGAAGCCAAGACCACCGUGGACACCUAUUUUUCAAGAAUUGGACCAUUUUGCUCAGGCGAAGUUGAGUUUCAAAAAGUUACCCAAACGAUGUUUAAAAAUUGUACAGUACACGUUUAAGCUGUCCUUCUUCCUGUUGUCCAACUUAUUUCUUCUUGAGCAACGAGCGGAAAUCCAUGUGAGGACUGCAAGUGGCGUACUUCAUUUAUGUUUCCAUACUUAUCUUGCUGAGAGAUACGAUUUCUGUUAGGCAAAUUUAACUUUUUGAAACAAUUCUUUACCAUGGUCUUCAAGCUUAUUAUCGAAUUCUGCUGACAAAAAAAAUUGUUUGUGCGCUUUGCCUUUCUUCGUAUGAUAUUUUCAAAAAUAAAUGUAUACAAACAAGGAUAGCAGUGAAUAUUGUGCACAUUUAUACAAAAAUAAAUUAAUUAAAUGACAAGAAAAAUACAUUAAAUAUGAAUCUUACGGUGUUAUCAAUAUGUAUAUACAGUAUCCCACACAAGCGAAAUUGUGGUCUCUUUUUUAUGUCUAGUUAUAAUUUUUAGUGUGUAUAUAAUCUCUUGUGAUGAGUUAAGUUCUAUAGGCGGCACCAGCGUCAUGGAUUUCUUGUGCAGUGCCCCAUUAGUUUCAGUGUUUGUCAGCAUAUUUCAACUACCAGACCUGUAGGGUAGUCAGAAAAGCUACAACAACGCGUUACCGACGGUACCUUUCAAGUAGUUUUUGGCUUUAAUACCCCGGUAGGUGUUCCGUGUUUGAAAUAGACUCCCACUACCCCUUUUUCCUCCCUUUUGUGAUUCUCGUACGUGUCAAUUUUGGUAAACGAUGUUUUCUUCCGUGCACAAGUCGUCACUUUGGCGCUCCUGCCGCUUACACUAUUCUUACAGUAAAAAUGUGUACAAAGGUAGCCGAGGGUCUCUGAGGCGUCGUGCUAACAACACACUAGAGCGAAAACUAGGGUAGUGUUAGUAGAAUGUGUGGUCUUGGGGUACUCCACUGGAGGCGUUAUGGACAUCGUCUCGUUUUGACGCUCUGGAAUUAUUAUUUUUGUGUAAUUUGUAAAUCUUCUUUUACAAACAUACAGGUGCGCUGUCGUGAAGAUGAGGGUUCAGUGAUCUUGAUUUUGGUAAUUUCUUCGACCUGUAAGUGCCAGAAGAAAAGCGGACGAUGGCCGGCAACCAUUCAUGACGCCUCCAAUUGCUUUCGUAAUAUUAGUAGGAGUUCCGUCCGACAUCUCAUGUGAUAAUCUUUCAAUAAUCAAAAGUCAAAUAUACCACAUGUAGCGUUUGUCUAUCGUUCUGGUGUGUUCAUGAACUGUUAAAAUGCCCUGCCUUCUAAGAUUUGCUCUUAGUGCUGCGCAAGUUUUGUGUUGAAGUAUCUUCUUACAUAUUCCAUGUGCGUGUACUUACUCUGUGUAUUCUGACCUUUAUUCUACUAUAUUUGUACUUGGUACUUUAGGUUGACAAUCAUGUGUGCUGUGCCUUCUUGUUAUGUCUGUGACUAUACCCAUCCCCUUUCGACAAUACCUUCCUAUAAGUCCAGCAAUAAGUUACUUUCUGUGGAUUGAAGAAUUACAAGAAAUACCUCUCCAGAAAAUGAAAUUCAAAUUUUCGAAACAACCAUUCCACUAACUUUGGAGGAUGAACUUGAGAGUGAUAAAUGCUAUCUCAUCCACAGGUGUGGCCUCUCUAAACUGUUCUUAUCCCGAUUGGGUGACUUCUUGUGUGGCUAGACACUUUUUCCAUCUUUUCAUGCUAACUGCGACUUUUGUACAUUUACUUACACUUUUAAAGAUUCCUCUGUCUUCCCCUUUGUGCUUCUUUGUCUUCCCUCCUCGUCAGUUUUCAAUCAUUAUAUAGAUCGAUAGUUCCAGCUAAACAAAAGUAUAGGAAUGUGUUUAUGCGAUAAAUCUCCUUUAGGUAAGUUUCCAUGAAUUCAUCAUGAGCGUUGCAAUAACAACACUGUGUUGUUCGGCGCACAUUGUUUGUAUCGUGUGAGAAUUUGGUGUACAAAUUAAUGAUUGUAGCUAUAUGUACAGUUUUAGUUUUCCAUACUACAAUUUACUAUCCCGAAUUAUUUUUAACGUCAGCUAUCACCGUGUCAUUCGUUAUCAUUAUGUAGCCUGAGGCCUCGAAAAUGUUUUUAUUUAUUUGAUGUGACGGCACUGAGUCAUUGCCGGAAUACUUCCUAGCUAGACUGAACACUUCGAUUGACCUCUUUAAAAUUCUAUGAAAUUUUUUCAAAGUUUAUUUUUCUUAAGACUAGAUUUUUCUGAUAGUUUGUCACAAGUGAAAACUGUACAUUUUCUAUUUAAGGCUAUGUACUUUUCAAUUUCUCUCAGUCAGAACUUCUGAAACAGACAAUCAUUGAAUCUCAGAACAAAAAUGAUGCGUGUUUCUCUAGUUGUCUUUGGCUUUGUGGGUCAUUAUUGGCACGGGAAAGACCCACCUCUUCCAAAAGUAUUUUCAGAUAACUACGAAGUUUGUAUCCUAUUCUCUGUACUAUCAUUUAUUUGCGAAACAAUUUCUGAUUUGUCAUUUCCGUUAAAGGCGUGGACUCGCAUGUGUAAAGAAAUACGCUUGUAUUUUGUAUUAAGGAAUAUAGGAUGGAAGAAUGUUGACGCGAUAUUUUGUUACUUUCUUGUUACCUUCUGUUCCGCGAGGUGACACCACUGUCGAGUUGGCUCCACUUGAAGUUUCUCACGAGGCAGAGAGAACCCCUGGACAAGAAGGCUUAAAUAAAAAUCAAGUGACCCUUGGCCAGAGGUUCUCUUCAUACUAUCAAUGCCAAGAGACAGCAGCAAUGAGUGCAUAUGUAUUACAUAAGGUCGCACUGUGUUGAGGAACUUUCCUGUGUUGCUUAAUCUUGUUUCGAGUCACUAAGGUUAAUUAUUUAAAUGAAUUAUUUUUGGUGAGUAGCAACUAGAGGAGCAGUUAGAGUUCUUUCCGGGUGAUACAUAUGCAACUCUGUGAGAAAAUGACUUGCCUGAGAGAAGACCGGUCUACAUCGGCCACUGUGGGAAUGAAGGAGCUGCUCUCUGCAGUAGCGAUUGUUUUCCUUGCUCAAUGUGUUGUGCGGUGGUAUCUUGGCUGGCCAAAUCCACGCAUAGCAAUAACUUCUCUGGCGGUUGCAUUUGUUUCAUUUUGUGUUUCGUUUCAGGCCUAAUUUUUUUUUCACACUUAGUAAGAAAAUAUUGUAUAAUGUUAUCCAUGACCUAGUUGUGCUCUGAGAGCGUUUAGCUUCGCCGUUUUCAGCAAGCUACCAACUCUCACCUCUUCUUCGAGUUUCUCGACAAAUAAAAGAAAGUUUUGCAAAAGGACAAUCUCUUGACUUAGUUUAGCGGUCAACGGUGAGCUGUGGAAGCCGCCCGCGACGUCAUACUCGGUAGAACUCGUGUAACUCUUGACUGUUUAUUUUUGGUCGUUUAGCAUUUAUCAACAAAAAAUUAUGUUUGUAAUUUACACUUUUGUCAAAUGCAAAGACGCAUACACUUCAAAUUAAAUGUAUUCGUGCAAUGUUUUCGGGACAGGUCAUCUAGGGAUGGGAGGCGGGGGCAAAGGGAUCCUGACCUUCUGGUGAAGAAGUCAAUAUUGAAGAGGGACUUGUUGUCGAUACGCGUGAAAACCUCUCCCGCUUGCUGACCUUGUUCAAACUUGUGUUGCAUUCCUUGGCGAGCACCGCGUCGCUAGGCCCCGUAGAGAUCGCCAAUCAGUUCAAAACAUAUUAAAUUGUAUUUUAGGCUGCUCUUAAAAUUGACCUUUCUGAAUUUUUCAUCUCAUAUCAACUUUAGUGAUUUCAUAUUGAGCUCUUAGACAGUUGGCAUCGUAAGGCAUGUCUGUGUUCUAUCUACAUCUAUGAUCUAUGACUUAACUCUCGAGACAUGUGGUCGUUGUAAGAUAUAUUUUCAUAAAUAAACGUCGUUGUUGUAACCAGA